CGAUCCCCUCCCAAACAAAGCACAAAGACCCGCACCUCGUCAGGAACAAGUCGCUGACCCUUGAACCCGGCCAGCGGCUCUGGAGGGUGAAUUCGAUUCUUUUUUUAUCAUCUCGUGGUGUCUUCAGGAGGCCAGCCGAGACUUUUUUUUUCUUGUUGUUACACAGGAGGGUCCAUAUUUAUCUUUGUGGUCUUGUCCAGCUUGAACAACCCCUGGAACAUUCCGAGCGACCUUAAACCUCUCCCCCCCCCACGCCUACAGUCUUAUGUCUCGCUACCAUGUCUGCGACUACAAUAGCAACGACAACCACGACUCUCGCGUCAACCAAGCUCAUCGGAGGGUUGCCCACGAUGACAGGAAGUAUGGCGAUCACUGCAGGAAGCUACUGUUCGGCCUGUGGUCAGGAUAUGCCGCAACAUUGCCAUGAUCAGGCCCAGGAGGCCCAACAGCAGAUACAAGAGCUGGAAUUUCAGAUUACUCGCUUGACGACUCGUGCUAUGAAGACAGCGGAACAGCUAGCCAACUACGAGAACGAGAUCGUCAAGCUGCGCCGACAAGCGAAAAACAACUCCUCCGUCUCGUCCACCGCGUCGUCCGCUCGGUCGAAUAGUCUCGACAAAUCCAUCUCCCCGUCCUCGUCGGGGUCUCCCACUUCACAGCCCAGCGGUGGCCGUCUGUCCACCAUUGCGUCUUUCCUUCCUUACCGCCGCUCCAGCGCCAAUCCGCCGGCACCGUGUGUGCCCCCGCAGAACGCCUCGGCAGUGCUGGAGAGUACACUGGAGCUCCAAAACGCGCUCAACCGGGAGCAGAGCCUGCGCAAGGCGGCCGAGACGCAGCUGUCGCAGACGAAUCUGGAGCUAGAAGAGCUGACGGCGUCGCUCUUCAGCCAGGCCAACGAGAUGGUGGCGCAGGAGCGCAAAGCACGGGCGAAACUGGAGGAGCGAGUCGCCCUGCUGGAGCGCCGUGACGUCGAGAAGAGGAAGCGUCUCGAUCGGCUCGAGAAGGCCCUGCAGAGAGUGGAACGUGUCCGAGCCUUGGUUGGAUAGGACUCGGCCCUCUACUCCUUGACUUUAGGUUUUAUUUUCUGCUUUGCUUUUUUUUUUU